UCAGCUCUCUCCAGAGGAACGAGAAACAACGGGAGAAGAAAACAAUGGCGUCUUCGGUAGCUAAGGUUUCAUGUAGAGUAGUUUUCGUCAUUCUUGUACUUGUCGUUGGCUUCUAUGUAGGCCGUCCUCUUUACUGGAAACUCUCUGCAACAAUUCACGAGAUCCGAGAGAAGAGACAAACCGUGAAAGAAGGGAUAUCGCAGUUCGUUCUUGAGGCCAGGAGAUCUGUUGGUUGGGUUCAUGAUGAAUCAAAUUCCGAUCGCGGGGGUGGUAAGGUUAGCGUGGCGAGUACAAGGCGUAUUCUUGGGGUUUACUGACUUCAACCGUAGCCAAAUAAUAAGGUUUUGUACAAUUUCUGGUUAAUUUUCUGUAUGUAUUGGUUGCUUGAUUGCAAUAACUGGAGAACCUUCUCGUGCUGCACCAUGUCAACUCGCUCGUUUUGAUGUCUUCUUCUAAUUCACAGUUUCUUCAUCCAAGUUA